GAAGUGUGUGACACAUUUAGGUAGUGUGGACAGAAUAGAGAAGUAAAAGGCCCACAUGAGGCCAAAGAUACAGCUUUGACUUGAGAGGGAAGUGACACACCACAGACAGGUAGAUAGGGUUUCACAGUAAAUGUAUACACUUGAAUUACUCAACAUGUCACUGAAUGAGGAUAAUGAUCUGAGCUUUGAGAGUUUUCUUCAGAAGAGAAAAGAUACUCUGAAAUUAAGAUGGGUGACAUAUUGGUUCAGUCUACAAAACACCACCUUGUUUUUCUACACACAAAAACAUGGAAGUGCUUUACACCUUAGAGGUCACUACUACAUGUACACGAUUCAGUCAGUACGAGAGGUCCAACAUGAUGACAGUAAACGCUUUAUGUUUGAAAUCAUCAUGACCAGUGGGAAGAAGAAAAUGCUUGCAGCAGAGUCAGCCACUCUUAGAAAAGAAUGGGUCAGAUACUUGUGGAAAGCCAUGCAUCUUUCAACUUCUGGCCUUGGGACUACACACAGAAAACGUGAAGUGUGUGAGCAGCAGAGCAUAAACAGCAACAUCUAUGCAGAUGUGGAGUGUUUUGUAGAACCCAUGGAUACCACCUGUAGUCCUGCUGAUCCUGAGCCGGACUCUACAUUCCCCACAUCAGAGGAACCAGUCUAUCAAAACUUUCACCAGCCCAAUAGUUUCCAAACAAAUGAAGAGAUUAGACUGGAUGGAGACUAUGAUAUUUUGCCUGCUCGAAAUAUUUGUCAGAGGGCUGACCAGUCUACAUCUACCGACAAUGGGGAGUAUGACUGCCCUUUGUCUUACAGAAAACUCCCUGAUCAAGAAAACCCCUAUGAUGUACCAAGUGCCCUUUUGAGGAAGUCAGCAGAUGACUGCAUAGAUCCUGAGGAUGGACCCUACUGGAAAAUAUAAUCAGAAAGCAUCAGAUUUAGUUUUGUACAUAGUAUUAUUUUGCACAAAAUUUAAAAUGUACACCAGUUCACAUAUUUAUUAGAUGCACAAUGCGUCAGGUAACAAUAUUUAAGGACAUUAUAGUCAAGACCAUAACCAUGCAGCCAUUAUAACCACCACAAAAAUACAGACACCACAGUUUGCAUUUACAGGUCAGGUUUGUUCACAGUUAAAACAUUUGCAACAACCCUUUUAUUGCUCUUUCACUUUGGACUGGAAUGACUUUUAAAUAAAAAUGUAAGGUUUUCUUUAAGAGAGACAGUUAUGCAAUGUAAUACUAAAUACAACUUUUUAAAUAUUUAAGUAUAUAUAUUGACAUCUUUGCAUUAGUAUUUUCUCCAAACUUGAUAAAAGAUAA